UCUUACUUGUUUUUAUUUUUCUUUUAACAAAGCCUAAACGCCGAUUCCUCACUUUAUCUACCGAAAAUGAAAUUCUCCGGGGUCUCUUUAGUUUCCCUUCUUUUCUCUCACUCCAAACACCUAAAGAAGGCCUAAAGCGCCUCCGAAUCGAUUCCCAUGGCCUCAACAGAUCAGAUCUCGCUUUCUCUCUCUAACAAGCAACCAUUUCACUCCUAAUCGAUGCGCCAAAUUCUCCAUUUCUCUUCCUGAGAAGAACAGACGGAGAGGUUUUUCACUUCGUUAAUCCACAUUCCAUGGCGACCUUGCAGAAAUUCAAGCUCCUCGCGACUCAAUGCGCCGUCGCCGGAAGCCCCACGCGAAGCCCGUCGGCGAGUCCCGUCAUCCAUCUCCGCCGACGCAAGACUUUGCGGAUGCUCCUCAACCGCCCAGAGCGUAGACUUCCCCGCCGCGAGGCAUCGUCGGAGGUCAAGGACAUUGACGAAGACGGCGGCGACGAUCGGCCGGAGAAGAGCAAGGACGCCAGGGUUCGCCAGAAGUUGAAAGAUCUGUUCGUGUCGUCGCCGCCUCUUGAAGAUAGGGUUUCGGAUAAUAGAGGCGAGAGAGAAGACGAAGAAGAAGAAGAGCGAGGGUUGUUACCGCCAACCGGAAGCGUUAUUGGUGGAUUUAGUGUCGGCGGAGGCGGAUUGACAGCUCGGCGGCGCGGAACCGGCUCGCUCAGGCCGGUGACGGCGGGGUUCCGGUACAGAUUGCUCAGGAGAGCUUGGCGACCCGUACUCGUUUCAAUCCCUGAGUAGAAAUUAAAAAAAUAAAAGUAAUAUGGAAAAGGAAAUCAAAAUAAGACGGUGUUCUACGUUUUGCCGGCGUAGUUUGCUAAUGUGCGCGGUGUGUUGAUGAAGGAAUAAAACGGCCACAGCACAGAACUGCGUGUGUAAGUAUCUCGGUACGUGUUGGCGUGGAAGUUCAUGUUUUCUGUUACCAACGGCACAUUUUUAUAAAAAAACU